GGCAUUUGGAAAACUUUUGGGAAAUAGAGAAAAAUUCAUGAAAAAGCAUUAUGUCGCAAAGCACAAGUGCACCCAUUUCUUGCUCCAUUUGUAAUGGAACUGAUCGAGUGAUGAAGAAUCCGAAUUCCAAGCUUCGAACAGUAUUGUUCAACAAUUUUGAUGAAUAUAAGGGGGGAUCUGUGUGUUUUGCGUGCUACACCGUGGCUCAGAAGAGGCAUCGUGAGAAGGAAAAUCGUGCUCUGGAUGACAGCCUCGAUCGCAUAGUAAACAAGGCGACACCGGCAGUAAUGAAGCUUCAGAAACGAACUGAGAAACCUCCGGAAAAAGAGAAGAACGACUCCAGUACAUCCAGCAACAGAACUCUGGCAGACAUUCUGAAUGACCCACCUGCAAUCAGUGUAUCAGGUCGUCAAUCAUCUUCUCCGGGAAAUGUAUCUGACCAUUCCCAAGGGCAGCUUUUUCCAUCACAAAGUACCACGCAACCAAAUCCCAGUCCAAGGACUUCACCAAUUCCACCUUCAUCAGCCUCAUCGAGUUCAAGCAAUCCGACAACACCAACAUCAGCAAUUUCACACAUUUCGGAUAAUUCCCGACCAGAAGCAACGCAAAUGCCUUUGCCUUCCACGUCUUCCCCAAAGGACUCAUCAGCGGAAUUUCGCACACAAACUCCAACUCUCAGGAACACUUCAGCAGCGCCAAUGCCAAAGAGACCAAGAUUAAGAGGUGAUGCUGACAGUGAGCAAGUUGUUCGAAGGAUGGUUGAUAAUAUCAGGAGUGCGACCGCUGGUGUGAACAAGAUUUCCCGAAAUAACGGGGGCUAAUUAUUCCUUUUAUUCCUUUUAUUCCUUUCCUUCAAAUAUUAUUUAAUUCCUAUUUAUUAGUACCUAUAAUUAAAAAAAAUAUUUCUCAGGAGGCCAAACAAAAUAGUUAAAAAAAAGAGAUUCAAAAUAUCAAAGAUUAGGGAAUACCGGGGCUAAUUAGGUCAAAUACAGAAAGAUUGAAAAUUCUCUCUUUCUUUUUUCUCCGUAAUAAAGCAAUUUUAGUCUGAAUUUAUAAGCCCAGAGAAAUUUUCCUACAAGGAUUUGAAGACAAAUAAAAGUAAAUUGAAAAAUUAAAAAAAAAAAAGCUCUUUCACUUUGUCUUUUUGUCAUUUAUUUCAUAAUUAUAUGAAUGAUACAGGAUUGAGGAUUGAUAUCUAAGCAUUUCAUCAUUUUUCUUUAAUUAUACAUUACGUAAUAAAAAAUUCUUUUAAUAUUGUAUAAGAAUUACUAUUUUUCGCCAUGCUAUUUACUUCCUAUUAAUACGAUUUCUCUAUACAGAAAAAAAUAAUUUCAAAAAAUUCCUCACGAAAUUCCUAUAUUUAUAUUUAAAAAAAAAUCAUACACAAAUCAUUAAAAUUAAUCACUUAAUUAUAAAAAUGUAAAUUAAUAAAAAAAAAGUCGGUGGAAAUAGAACUAAAUUUUAUAUUUAUUAUUUUUUUCCUUCAACUUGUUCAUGCAUUUUAUUUUCGUUUCUUUUAGGGGAGGUUUUUUUUGCAAAAUUUUCCUUUACACAAUGAGGUAGAUUUUAGCUCUGAUUCCUUCUCAAUUUUCUCAUUUUUUUUUUCUGCAAUUUUCUUCAUUCCUAAACUCUGGCGCUAUUUUUUUUUGUUCUUUUGAUCAACGUUCUCCAAUUUCUUAUUUUAUUUUAGUUUUUACAAAAUAUUCAGUCAUUUUUUUUUAUUUUAUCUUUUUUCCAGAAGAAAUAAAUUCAUUUUUAAAAUAUUUUCAAAAUAAUUUAUAAUAAAGAAGAAAAUAAUAAUAUAUUGAUACAAUAAACAUAAUUUACAUUUUGUUCUGUAUUUUCUCGCUCGCAUUUCUUUUUAUCAACCAAAAAAAUCCUGAAGAUAAAAUCAAGAGAUGUCGCUGAAGAAUUUGGAUUUUUUUAUCAAGAGAGGUAGCUGUGAAUUUUGUAGAUAAAAUAUGUUUUUAAUGUGAUAAAAUUUACAUUUUUACGUUCUUCUGGGGAAAAUUGGUAAAAUUAUUUGAAUUUUAUUUCAUAAAAGAGUCGAAAUCUUUGGAAAAUAUACCUUAUUUUACAGCGCCAUCUGUUCCCUAAUAUUUUUUACGGAAAAAUAGCCAAAUUCUUCAUUCAAAAUAUAUUUUAUCUUCAAGAUUUCUCUGAUUAAUUAAUUUCUAUCUUCGGAGAUCAAUACAGCGAUUUAAUAUUGCAAAAUGAUGUUCUUUUUACUAAAUUGUUUUCAGUUUUUUUUUAUCCUUUUUCUUUAUUUAAAAUUAGCAUUUAUCUAAUUUCCCAUAAAAUUGAUUAUUUCACUUUUCUUUAAUUCUAUUUACUUUUACUUUUUCUCACACUUCAUUCUCACGCUCGUUCACAUUUAAUUUCCACUCUCUAAAAUUUCAUAUAUAGUUUUUUCUAUUGAUCCUUUUUCUUUCAUUUUCUCUAAAAAGGAGGUUGCGGAAAAGAAAAUUCUAUGAAUGACACUGAGGCAAAAAAAAAUUAAAUUAAAAACAAAAAAUUUACAAAGAGGUUUUGGUAUUGAAACUUUGCUCUGAUUCUAACUUUUUCUUUUCUUACUUUUUAAUAAUUUUCUCUUCGGUAUCCAUCACGUCACGCUCCAUUUAUAUUUUUUUUUCAUUUUUUUAUUAAAGUAAUAUAUUUUCUUUUAUUUAAUUGAGUUUUAAAACCAUUUAACUAUUUACAGAAAAAGAGGGAUAAAUUGUUCAUUAAGUCACAAACAAUUUAAAGGGGGAAAGUUGUUUUUUUUUUGUAGUUUUGGCAGAAAUUAAAUUAUUUUCUUUCUUUUUUUAACUCACUAAAAACCAUCAUUAGUGAGGGUGUUGGUUUCAUAUUCCGUUCUUACCAUUCCAGUUACACAAAAAAAUUACAAUUUAUAGCAAUUUGACUAAACACAAUUCUUACAUCUUUUUUUUCUCGUUCUUUUAAGAAUCUCUCUCCAACUUUCAUCUUUCUCUCAGAACAUUUCCAUCGAUUAAUAUAUAAUUUUCCUUUUUUAAAAUUCAUUUUUUUAUCGCUCCAAUUCAUUUCAAUUCUUUUUUACCGAAACAUAUUACUUUCCUUAAAGAUUCUAACGUUCAUUUCUUCCUCCUUACUUGUUCACAUUUUAAAUUUUUAAUAAGUUUAAGAAAAAACUUCAAAAGUCACCAAAGAGACAAUAAAAAGUUCACUAAAUAUCGACCAUUUAAAGUGCUUUUAAACCUCCCAGAGAGAGAGAACAAUUCGUCCACACGUACCGCAUUAAACCACGCAAUCUCUUUCACCUUUUGCGCCUUUAAUCCUUCAUUUCUUUCGUACAACGAUUACAACAAUACUAGGUAUGUAUUUUUUUUCUUCUUCUUUUCAUCCUAAAUAAUUCCCAUAAUUCUACACCUUCAGCUUCCUCGUGAGUUCAUUCGAAACCUUUCAUGGAUUCCUUUUAUUAAUUUGUUCCUUUCAAUUUUCUUUUCUUAAAUUCCUUCCUUAAAUGCAUUUUCCUUUUUUUUUUUAAAUCCUCUCACUUUGACCGAUUAAAUUUUUUUAUUUCUCCUUCAUCAUAAACUAAUUCUUCUUCCUGUUGAAGUUUAAUCAUGAAAAAAUAAUAAAUCUACUUUAAAAAAUUAAUCAGUCGAAAUAAUUCCAAAAAUGGCAGUUUAGUGGAAAAAAUAACUAAAAUUUCUUCGGUAUUUUCUCUAAAUUUCUGGCUUUGAUUUUUUGUUUAGAAUUCGAUGAAUUUAAUAUAUUUUGAUGAGAAGGGAGUAUUCCCGCAAAGCCGGACUAUGUACUGAUGGGACUGACUGACUUUUCAGUUAUUUAUAGUCCUUCAUCAGGAGCUGUAGGAAAAGAUAAUUUUGCUUCGUAUUCCAAAUACCUGAUGAAGGAUACAAAGAAACACGAAAUAUCAAAAAAUAUUCAAGAUGUUAUGAUUCCUUCCUGAUCAAAAUACUCAAAUCAUCUUCUUUACAUCAAAGUCCAGUUCCUGAUGUGGCUAAAAAUAAAAAUUUUGACUACAAAGUUUUCCUAAAGCAAAGUUCCGCCAUUUUGAAAACUUCUCAAAUGUCCCAUUUGACUGUUUAUCUAAAUAAAUUUUCACCCCCAUAAUUUAAACCCCUUUGUGAGUUUGGAAACGAGCAAAUCCAAAAGCUCUUGCGCGUUUUUGACAUUUUUUUUUUGCAAUUAAGUUAAAUAUUUUUCUUUAUGAAAUAAUAAAAAUUAUUGCCGUGACAAAUUACUGCUGUAAAGCAUUUUUUUUGUUAAUGAGUGUCUUGAUUCUCUGUAGGCAGUGGCGUAUUAAAAAAUUUUGAAUAUCCUCAUUUGAUUUUGCGAAAUGUUUUCUUUUUUUUCCUAAAAAAUCGUAUUUUUUUAUCCUCGCGUUUUUUUUUGCCUAAAUGUAACGUUCUUAUUUUAAGGUUCUUCCUCUUUUAAUAACUCUUAUAUUUUACUUACAAGACGCUUACUAAAUUUGUCCGAAGGUUUGUUCCUCUUUUCUCUCAUGGAAUCAGUCAUUAUGUUGGCAGUGACAUUUUUUUUAUUUUAUCAAUUAUUCCUUUUCGUUUUUCAUCAUUAAAUAUAAAUCGUUUAGUGUUUUCUUAAAAUUUAAAAAGUAUAAUUAAUGUUUUCGCUUUCAGUUCUCGCACUUUGAUAAAUUAUUUUUUCCUUUACAUUUAAUUUUCUUAGCCAAUUAGUCACUUUGUGGUUCCGAAAGGAGUUACUAAAUUCUGCGUUAUUUUAUCUCUUCCUUAAUUUUUUCUUUUACGAUUUACGAUGGAUUUGAUGAGGGUGGGAGGAUCCUAUUACAAAAAUUCUUUUCUUAAUGUUAAUUUUUGUUUCAUGUGGAAUUCCUUCUUUCUUUUUUUUUAGUUUAAUAUAGAUUUUAUAUUAUUUACAACAUUACACAUCAAAAUGGAGGCAUUUCCGGGAAAGUUUUAAGUUUACGGUUUUAGGUUUUUUUCUCUUUUUUUUAAAGGUCAGCUACCGAUAGAAGUGUGUGAAGCACAUUGAAAAUUUAUAAUAGAAAAAAUGUUGAAUGCAUUUUUACAAUAAUUAGCCUUAAAUUUUUAGUUAAUGUACUUCCAUUAAACUUCUAUCAUUUACGGAUUUCCACUAAAUUUUGCGAUUUAUCUUUUAGUUUUUUCCUCUCUUCUUUUUUUUUUUUAAAUAUUGGUAAUGUUUUUUUUCUUUCAAUUUUACAAUGAAACGCGACCCUAACUUUAAAAAACUUUGUGAUUUUGCUUUUAGUAAGUUUCUCAUCUCCUAAUGGUUUGUUUUGUCGAAAAAUAUAAAUUUUGAGAGCUUCUUUUACUGUUUUGUCAUUUUUUUCUAUCAAAAUAUUUUUUUUUUGCAUUUUGGUCUAUUUUUUUCAAUUAUUUUCCUUCCUAUAUUGUUCAGCUGAAAAGUCUUCCCAUUUUGUUUUUCUUUACAAAACUCGAGACGCAUAUAAAUCGCUUGAUCUUACAAUUAAACUUCUGUACUAUCGUGUUUAUGUGUGCUAAAUAUUAUAUUAUUUUUACUUUUCUCUUUUUUUUCUAUACAAAUUGAAUUUUUUCGCAGUUUUUUUUUCAAUCUACUCCCACAUUUUUUGUAAUGCCUGAAAAUUAAUGACAAUGAACUUCGAAAUCUUAAUUUGUUUUUUUUUCUUCGUUAUAAAAAUUAAUUUAAAAAUUGAGAUCAUCGCUGAAAUACGGUGUACAUAAAAUAUCACUUUUCGCAAAAAAAAACUAGAAAUAAAAACCUAAUUUAAUGCUUUCGACUUUAGAAUUUUCUUUAAUAAUUUGAAAAAUUUCUAUCAAUUUUUUUUUAUUUUAAAUAUAAUUUAAUUUUCUUUUAAAGAAUAAGAUCUACAAAAUAGGCCGGAAGUCUAUGUAUUUUUUUUAGUUAGAAUUAUGAUUUU